AUGGUACACUCAACCACUGAGCAAGCUGUCCACGAACAUUCACCCCUUAUGGAGUCACGGCGUGAAAAUGACUCCGAUGGUGGGUUUGUCGGGGGCCAGGUUGAAGGGAAGGAUUUGGAUGAUUCGUCCAAGAGUGGGUGGUAUUUGUUUUUGUUGACUAUUUCUAUUGGAGGGUUGCAGGUUGUUUGGUCAGUGGAAUUGUCUAAUGGGUCGCCAUUCCUGCUCUCACUUGGGAUGAGCAAAGCUCUCCUUGCUUUUGUAUGGAUAGCGGGCCCUGUGACUGGUACCCUGGUGCAACCGUAUAUCGGCAUUCGAAGCGAUAAUUGCCGGCAUCCAUGGGGUAAAAGGAAGCCAUUCAUGUUAUGGGGUGCUGUGGCACUUAUCAUCUCUUUACUUGCAUUGUCAUGGGUUCAGGAGAUUAUGGGUGGGAUUUUGUCGAUAUUUGGUGUGGAUCGACAGUCUGGCGGAGCAAAGAUUACGAAUAUCGUUGUUGCUACGCUUUUGAUGUAUUGUCUUGAUUUUGCGAUCAAUACUGUCCAAGCGGCCAUUCGAGCAUUUAUUGUCGAUAACUGUCCCGCCCACCAGCAGGAGGUUGCUAAUGCAUGGGCCAGUCGGGUGACAGGCGUUGGCAAUAUCUUUGGCUUCAUCUGCGGAUAUCUCGAUCUACCGAAGAUUCUGCCAUUCCUUGGAAAGACCCAGUUCCAAGUUCUCUGCGCUCUGGCUGCUAUAUCCCUCAGCGUCACACUGCUCGCCACUUGUCUCUACAUUAAGGAGCGUGAUCCGAGACUGGAUGGGCCACCACCUUCCGAUGGUCUGGGUCUUGUCUCUUUCUUCCGCCAGGUUUUUAAAUCUAUUCGCCAUCUGCCCCCGCAGAUCGCCCGGGUCUGUGAGGUACAGCUCGCCGCGUGGGCAGGAUGGUUCCCAUUCUUAUACUAUGCGACUACUUAUGUUGGUCAGCUUUAUGUCAACCCUAUAUUUGAGGAUCAUCCCAAUAUGUCGGAUGAUCAGAUUGAUCAGACGUGGGAAGAUGCUACUCGGGUUGGAACUUCGGCGUUGCUGGCUUAUGCCAUUAUCUCCUUUGUGGCCAAUAUUGUCCUCCCGAUCUUCGUGAUCCCCACAUCCGGCCAAGUCUCUGAGACUACCGCUCAUCAUGAACGAAUCGUGCAUCCCGAGGAUGAGGAUGGAGGUGAAACGGGUCAAUCAUAUGAACCACUGCUCGACGGAACGCCUCACAAGGUCGUCGAGGAGAAGCCAACGUGGCUUUCUCGUCUGCAGAUCCCCGGAUUGACACUCCGCCGGACAUGGCUCUUGUCUCAUCUACUAUUUGCAGUAUGCAUGUUCAGCACAUUUUUCAUUUCGUCUGUCCCAGCCGGCUCGGUAGUCAUCGGCUUUGUCGGUAUCUGCUGGGCCUUGACUCUGUGGGCACCAUUUGCCCUAAUCUCCGCCGAGGUUGCCCGCGCCGAUGUCACACGGCGCUCACAUCGUCACGAAACAGGAGGAUCCGGGCCCGCGACGGAGUCCGGGAGGGCACAGAAUACUACCUCCGGCUCUUAUGCACCUGUGUCUAGCGAGGAUGAUCCUGAAGACGCCGAUGACGAUGAUGCCCACGAGCAUGAUGUGGAGAAUGGUGCCCCGAAGCCACUUCCCGUCAGUGAGGAAGAGAACCUUGCACAGGCGGGUAUUGUGUUGGGUCUACACAAUGUCGCCGUUUCAUUCCCUCAGAUCUUUUCUAGCUUGAUCUGCAGCGCUAUCUUCAAGGCUGCUCAGAAGCCGCGCGGUGAGCCGUGGGAUGAUAGUGUGGGAUGGGUGCUUCGAUUCGGUGGAUGUGCUGCACUGGUUGCGGCGUUGCUUACGAAGAGGUUGGCUGAGGGCUCGCGAUGA